AUGGCUGAAAAUAUGCCAUCCAACACCGUACCAAAAGCAAUGGUUGUCAGAAACGAAGGUAUGGCAAAAUCAGACACAGAAACUGUGCCAUCCAAGUUCAGGCAAGCUUCCGAAGGUGCCAGUCACCACAUCUCUGGUCGAUGUGAGAAAAAUAAAGACAAUGACGAUGAAAAUCUGUCUGACACAAGCGAUGCUGCUGCUGAGAACUUUCAGACAAUCGAUAUCGGCCCUGGUGAGUUCGAUACAUACGCCAUUGCAUACAUAUGCAAAGAACAGGCUCUUCGCAUGAAGAAAGCCGUGGAAGAGACCAAAAACAAACAUUUUCAGGCAACUAAAACGGCGCCCGACAACACUUAUAAUGAUAAUGAUACUGAAACUUCAGCUUUCAAUGCAAAUGACAGCAACGUGCACACACAAGCCAGGGAUCCGAAUCCGAUGUAUACACAAAACAUGAACCCUCAACCGAUGGACGCCGAAAACGACGUUAACCCCAAUCCGAUGUACCUACAAAGCACCAUGGAGCCAAACGCCACCAUUGGACCCGCCAGGAAUCCAAACCCGAUGUACACACAAAACAUGAACCCUCAACCGAUGGACGCCGAAAAAGACGUUAACCCCAAUCCGAUGUACCUGCAAAGCAGCCCUGGACCCACCUUCAAGUCAAAUAAGAGUGAUUACAAUCCCUGCACACAGACAUCAGCUGAUACACAUCAGCAAGCCUUCUCCAGGCCAGCGACUAACAACGAUGACAACCAUUGCCUUCAACCAUAUGCUGUAACACGCUGCCAACCAGAUGCAUUUACACAUCAUGAACUUGAUAUUGCUGUUCAAUACGAAGAAGAUGAAACAUUCGGUGAGUCAGCAAACAAUGAUGGCAAUCCCUGCAUCCAACCAUAUGCCCACCAAGAAGACCAGGAGCCCUCACUCAACUGUGAUGGUGGCCAGCUGCCAGAUGAGGUCAUUCAACCAUACGCUGCCGCAUACAUGUGCCAGGGUGACUUGGAGCGGAACACAACUUCAGAAGACCUGUCCUCCCAGAAUCAGAAUCAACCAACGGCGGCUUCGAACAACGAUGUCCUGCAUGCACUCGAUCCAAAUCCGAUGUACGCUGCCGCAGACAUGUGCCAGGGUGACGUGGAGCGGAACACAGCUUCAGAAGACACUCAAGGAAGCCUGUCCUCCCAGAAUCUACCAGCGGCGGCAUCAAACAGCAUCAAUGACGCCAAUGAUGUCCUACACGCACUCAAUCCAAAUCUGAUGCAUGUGCCAAACGUCCAGCAUCCUGCAGCGCACGGCUGUACGCGUAGCCGAGUGAUCCUUGCAGUUGAAGCGGCUGUCGUUCUUGGGUUGUUCAUCGUCGCAGGAGUCUUUCUCUGCUUAUCCUUAAGCGCCAGGCCGCCACAGCGAGAGAAGAUCACGUUUGGCGGGGACGGAAAAGAACCUGGGAAAUUUGAUUUUAUCUCGGGAGUUGCCGUGUCUGCUGACAAUGAGAUAUUUGUGACUGAUAAGUUAAACAGACGAGUCCAGGUCUUCAGUAUAUAUGGGACCUUUUUCCGCCUCUUUCCAACGGUACUGCCUGGUGAAAGUAAGACAAUGAAUACGUUCCCUUUUGGUGUUGCUUUGGACGUGGCGCCUGGCUACCUGUGGGUACUGAUAAGGAGAAGUACAUGGUUCCAGGAUGAAGAGCAUAUCGUACAGUACAGUACGAACGGACAGCCCAUUAAAAAAAUUGACGUAAGCCUCAAGGGCUACAAUUUCGUCAUUGCGAUGGACGUGCGCAACAAUAAAAUUAUCGUGGGAGACAAAAGUACAAUUAUGCUGUUAGACUCAAUCGGCUCUCGCAUUUGGAGUUCAGAAGUGCGUACGGUAGACGGGAUCUGGGGAGUCACAUCGGACAAGGAGGGAAAUGUCCUGCUGACGGAUGGGUAUAAAACCAUCCAGAAGUACAAUCCGUCCGGAGUAAAGAUACUUGAAUUCGGCACGUAUGGAAAGGGGGAGGGGCAACUGAACUCUCCCAGAGGUAUUUGCCUGGACACCUCUGGUCGCAUCAUUGUGGCGAACCAUUAUAACCACCGGGUAGACAUGUUCACAAGCGAGGGCAAGUUUGUCCGCACCAUCGCGGACAUUGACUUCCCGCAGGCUGUCACUAUGGGACCAUGUGGAGAGUUAGUGGUGACUAGCAUAUUUCCAAACACUGUAACUAUCUUUCCACGGCACAUGGUGCUUCCUUGA